GUCCAAGCUAUCUACCCAACAAAAUGCCUCAACAAACAAUCAACGUAGCUUUAAAUAGCUGCAUGCCUUAUGACAAAACUAGCAAACGCUGGGGGGAACUAACUAAUGCAGCGACACAUUGUUUAGCCAGGGACAUGAUGCCUAUUCAGAGUGUGGAAAGAGGUGGUUUCAAAAAGAUGCUUAAAACGUUCAAUCCACGCUACAAGCUACCCACCAAGAAAUACUUCUCUAAAGUCGCCUUGUCCGCUUUAUAUGAAGGGAUCCGUACUGAGGUGUCAAAUGCGUUAUCUUCAGAGUGCGUCCACCACGGACAUGUGGUCAAGCCGAACAUCGGACCCCUACAUGAGCCUCACAAUACAUUACGUGGACAAAGACUGGAAGCUACAAAACAAGUGCCUCGAAACAAGUUUUUUUCCCCGAGGACCAUACUGGGGAAAAUAUAGCCAAAGUCUUAAAAGUGUUCCUCAGCUCAAACAAGUGUGUGUGAUGACAGACAACGGGGCCAACAUUGUGAAAGCCGUUGCACUCAACAACUGGACCAGACUUUCAUGCUUCAGACAUCGCCUGCACAUUGCAAUAGAAAGAAGUGUGAAGGACCCAAGGAUCAAACGGGCAGUUGGAGUGGGAAAGAAGAUUGUUGCUGCUUUUGGCCACAGCUGGAAGUGCCAGCAAGCUCUGCAGGCUGCCCAAAAGGAACUGGGCCUACCAGAACACAAACUCAUAACUGAAUGUUGCACUCAUUGGGGUUCAAAGCAGAGAAUGAUCCAACGGCUGCUGGAACAAGAAAAAGCUAUAACACAGGUCUUAGCAGCUGAUAAAACCACAAGGCACCUCAUGUUGACAUGGCAAGACAUUGAAGUGCUUGACUUGGUCAGCACUGCAUUGAGUCCACUCCUAGAGUUUACAGAUGCUUUCUCUGCUGAAGAGUAUGUAACCAUUUCAUGUGUUAAGCCUGUUCUUCAGAUGUUUAACAAUGACAUGUUAAAAGUAAAAGAAGGUGACACUGAGCUGACCAAAGACAUCAAAAUAGCAAUACUUGAUUACAUGAACAAAAGCUACAAAGACAGUGUCACAGAGAGGCUUGUUAACAUGGCUUCUUUCCUUGAUCCACGGUUUCAUAAAGAAUAUUUCUGUGAGAGUGAAAGCGAAGCCAUCAAAGUUCAAGUCAUGAGUGAACUAGAGCAUCUUGUGUCACACCAGGGUAACACAGCCACAGGUUUUUCAGAAACACCUCAUAUAUCUACUGAAGACCAAACAAGUCAGGGAGCUGUUAAAAAGCCAAAGAAGAGUCUCUGGAGUUUUUUUUGA